AUGGAACAACAACCAGAAAAGACAAUACAUUUGGGGGUGAAACCUUCAAUUCCAGGUUCACCAUUACCAACACAUCAUCUGCGACAUGUCAUUGUCGCUGCAAAAGAUGGAAGAACCGGACAUGACAUGCAGCUUCAUUACACUCAUGAGAAAGUCAUUGGCAAUGGAUCAUUUGGAGUUGUGUAUCAGGCAAAACUAAUGCACACUGGCGAACUGGCAGCCAUCAAAAAAGUGCUUCAAGACAAGCGAUUCAAGAACCGAGAAUUGGAAAUGAUGAGAAUGAUGCACCAUCCCAAUGUCUGUGCUUUGAGGGCUUAUUUCUACAAUCAGGGCGAAAAGAGAGAUGAAAUCUUUUUGAACCUUGUACUGGAAUAUGUGCCAGAAACAGUAUAUCGAGUAGCUCGCCAUUAUGCCAAAAUUAGACAACCUAUACCCGUUUUGCAGGUCAAGAUUUACAUGUAUCAGUUAUACAGAGCACUCGCCUACUGUCAUAGUAUCGGUAUCUGUCAUCGAGAUAUCAAGCCUCAGAACCUAUUGCUAGAACCCAUCACAGGCGUCCUCAAGUUGUGUGAUUUUGGAAGUGCUAAAAUACUGAACUCAGGUGACUCCAAUGUAUCUUACAUUUGCUCUCGCUAUUAUCGUGCCCCAGAGCUCAUCUUUGGUGCUGCUGAGUAUUCGGUCAAGAUCGACAUUUGGUCUGCUGGUUGUGUCAUGGGUGAAUUAUUGUUGGGACAACCCUUAUUUCCAGGCGAAAGUGGCAUAGAUCAGUUAGUAGAGAUUAUCAAGGUACUCGGCACACCAUCAAGAGAACAGAUUGAACUGAUGAAUCCGGACUAUGACGAUCACAAAUUUCCACUCAUCAAACCACAUCCAUUUGCAAAGAUUUUUAGAUUAAGAACACCACCAGAAGCGAUUGAUUUAAUGUCGAAUAUACUACAAUACAACCCGUUGGCUAGACCAACUGCUAGUGAGGCACUUAUACAUCCUUUCUUUGACGAAUUGCGCAAUCCCGACACCAAAAUGCCCACAGGAAAACCACUUCCACCACUAUUUGACUUUUCAAUUGGAGAAUUAUCGAUUCAACCUGAAUUCAUCAAAAAGCUUGUACCACCACAUUGCUAUGAUGAAUUGACAUCCAGAGGAAUCAAUAUUCAUGACUUUGUGCCAAUUCCUGCAGAAGGUUUACGUAUAUCAUUGGAUUGA